AUGUCCGACGCGCCUCUUCCACCCCCUGACAAGGUAAAGCGCCCAUCCCUGAAACUCAAGUUCCCCAGGCUCCAGACGCCGACUGCGAACAUCAUUUCUUCACCGAUGAAGAAAAUCGAAUACUACCCAAAGAACAGCGUUUGCGGAGACAAGAUUGCGGAGCAGAGAGAGCUGCUUAAGCAGACGACGAAUGCCAUCUUGAAGAAGAAGUUGGCGAGAAAUAUUCAAGAUCUGGAGGACGAUGUUGCCAUCUGGAAGAAGAAGUUGGCGAGAAAGAUUGAAAAUCUGGAGGACGAGAUUGGGGUUCUGCAGGGGCAACAUCCGCCAUUUCCGCGUCCGGCACUUCGGGUGAGGAUGGAGGUAGAUCAGGGUGAGGGUGCGGAGAGCUGGAGGAGAGAGGUUCCUGAGACUCAGGUCCGGGCAUGGUUGGCGUCUGCGGGAAUGCUGGAUUGGGUGCCUUACCAGGUCUUAACGUACUCCAUCUUGAGGGCGAUGGAGUACGCAAAAGCCAAAGACCUGCUGUUCUGGUGUUCUCGAAGCGACCCUAUCCGUCAAGUUCAAAAUCAUUUCGACGAGCACCUCUGGAUCUCUGACCUGGUCGCACAACAGCAGGACCACGUUAAGAAGCUAGUGGCAGAGGUGGAAAUGGAAAGAGAGGCGCGCGACAAAAGGCAGAGCAAGGUCUACAUCAUUCAAACGAACAGCUGGGACAUUGAACGCGAAGCUCUCCUGUCGAGAUCGAGUGUGUCGCUUCCACGCACCCGGCGUGUCGAUCAUUUCGUGAGCCACACGGGAUUGAAGAUCGACCCCUGCCAGCGAUUUGGAGAUGGAACGACAUCAGUGCCGAACCCCUCUGGGGACGGUGCGUUUGAGAACAUCGAGACUGGGGAGCCCAGCGUGAAGAAGAGCCAGACUGCGAGGAGCGCUCCAAAUCCAGGCGUCUCGCUGCACGGAAAUCGCAGACCAGAGGCUGUCAAACCGUCGUCCAGUCGACCGCCCACCCAGCUGCCCGAAAUUAAGCUGCAAGGCCGGUACGGGCGGGACACUGCCCCUAGCAGAGGCCAGAACAUCCUCGAGGUUGCCACCUCUCACCGUCGGUGCGGUUACCUCUCCACCACGCCGGCCUCGCUUCCCGCCAUGGGUCCGGGUAGAUUCUUCGGGGGGUUGUGA